GCGGCCCGGGCGGAUCGCGGGCGCGGAACCCGGGAGUGAAGCCCAGGCCGGGCCGCGCGGCGCCAUGAAGGGCAAGGAGGAGAAGGAGGGUGGCGCGCGGCUUGGCGCCGGCGGCGGCAGCCCCGAGAAGAGCCCGAGCGCGCAGGAGCUCAAAGAGCAGGGCAACCGGCUCUUCGUGGGCCGCAAGUACCCGGAGGCGGCGGCCUGCUACGGCCGCGCCAUCACCCGGAACCCUUUGGUGGCUGUGUAUUACACCAAUCGGGCCCUGUGCUACCUGAAGAUGCAGCAGCACGAGCAGGCACUGGCUGACUGCCGGCGCGCCCUGGAGCUGGACGGGCAGUCCGUGAAGGCACACUUCUUCCUGGGGCAGUGCCAGCUGGAGAUGGAGAGCUAUGAUGAGGCCAUCGCCAACCUGCAGCGAGCCUACAGCCUGGCCAAGGAGCAGCGGCUCAACUUUGGGGACGACAUCCCCAGUGCCCUGCGCAUUGCUAAGAAGAAACGCUGGAACAGUAUCGAGGAGCGGCGCAUCCACCAGGAGAGCGAGCUGCACUCCUACCUCACGAGGCUCAUUGCAGCGGAGCGAGAGAGGGAGCUGGAAGAGUGCCAGCGGAACCACGAGGGUGACGAGGACGAUAGCCAUGUCCGGGCCCAGCAGGCCUGCAUCGAGGCCAAGCACGACAAGUAUAUGGCGGACAUGGAUGAGCUCUUCUCUCAGGUGGAUGAGAAGAGAAAGAAGCGAGACAUACCUGACUACCUGUGUGGUAAGAUCAGCUUUGAGCUGAUGCGUGAGCCCUGCAUCACACCAAGUGGCAUCACCUAUGACCGCAAGGACAUCGAGGAGCACCUGCAGCGUGUGGGCCACUUUGACCCUGUGACUCGGAGCCCCCUAACACAGGAACAGCUCAUCCCCAACCUGGCCAUGAAGGAGGUCAUCGAUGCAUUCAUCUCUGAAAACGGCUGGGUGGAGGACUACUGAGCCCCUGCCCCCAAUCCUGGUAUGCCCAGUGCCCUGGCCCAGGAGGGCACUGGGGUAGAAGCCCCCAAUUCCUGUACAUAGUCUGUCCCUGGGCCCCACCCCUUCAGUUCUGCUAUUGGGCUGUGGACUGCUCCCCAUCUCAGCAUAGCCCUUGCUGGGCUACGGGCCUCCCCUGUUCCCCCUGAGCUGGAAAAGCAGGUGAGGGUGGGUUGGACUGAAGCUGCUGCUGCCACCACUGUCCCUAUAAUAAAGUCUGUGAGUGCUA